UUGGCACUGAUGUUGUUUGGCUGUGCACUCCUUUCAUCUUUCAGGUUACGUCUUUUCAAGGAGUGGCUGUUCGCAGCCUCUGCACAUCCCCCCCCCAUGAGCACCCAGAACAUGGAAGAUUAGUUUAUAAAGGAAACUUGGCAAAGGCAGUGUUAGGUGUGAAGUUCUUCUCUUACUCCACCAGCAUAUUCAACCUGUUCAUGAUGCCCUACAUCAUGCUCAAAACGGGCAUCGGAUUUGAAAGUCUGCUUAUGCAAGCCGCCUUUUGUGGGUUGAUCGGGUUCUUUACGUUUGUAACGCCAGUUACUUUGCAUGUCCUCACAAAAGGCUACGUGAUUCGACUCUAUUAUAAAGAUGACAUGGACACAUAUACAGCCAUUACGUACAAUGCAGUCUUGGGAGAAAAAGCAACUGUUUUCCAUCAGAAAGACGUAAAGAUUCCAGACAUCACCAAGAUGUUCACAACGUUUUAUGCUAAAACGAAAUCAAUGCUUGUUAAUCCGACACUUUUCCCGAAUCCUCAGGAUUAUAACCAUCUCAUGGGCUAUGACAAAUCCUUUUAUUUUAACAUAGAGGAGGAAAAGGAACCUGUUGAUCCAAAAAGAUGGGGCUUUUUCAUUAAUGCUGCUGAUGGUAGGAAGGAAAUGGAGACAACUUUAACUUCCCUUUGUGAGAGCAUCGGUUACGAGGAGGACAGAGAAAACGACGGGUAUUGCUGCUGGUUCCUGCGACAGCCUCCUUCUAGAGGCCUGCAGGCCUCUGUGUAG